GUGAUUUCAUACGCUGUAGCGCAUUUUAAAACGUUGUUGUGGUGAAAAAUUGAUUAGAAAUAAUUUUAUUGGAGUUCAUUUUGCUCUCCCAUUUCUUUUUAUGGACGAAGUGUUGCACAUUAAUCUUUUCGAUAAAUAUGCGUUCAGAUAGAACAGCGAAGAAAACAAUCCUUUUGAAUUCGCUAAUUAUAAAAUAAAUUUGUUUUGCACUCCGUUUCUGUUCUAAAAAUAUUUUUCCGAGUUCAAAAAGAACUCGCUUUUAUGUCACUAAUUCUGAGGUCUUUUUCGGACAUAAAUUCUUUUGAAUUCCCUUUGAACAGACUACAUUAAUUCACGAAGCAUUUAAAAAGUAAAUCCUUACCUCGUAAUCUCUUGCUAUUUAGAUUCACUGCUGCAACCGCUUACUAAACUAACAGUUAUAUGACAUUAAUAUUAUAACUUCACUCAACAUUAUGAAUAUAAUACAUAUUGUACAUAACUGGAUUAUUGAAUAGGAAAGUUUAUUAUUGAUGUUGUACAACUAUUAGUUGGUGUUAUCUGGAAAAUACCGUAGAGUGGGGUAAUAUGGAACAAGGGGACAAGUUGGAACAAAACUUCCAAUUUCAUAUUUAUGCAUUAAAACCGGCAACGUCUGCAAGAAUUGAGCGUACAUAUGGGCUAAACCAAAACUAGCGUUGAACUCGAAUGCUUUCUUGCAGACGUUGCCGGUUUUAAUGCAUAAAUAUGAAAUUGGAAGUUUUGUUCCAACUUGCCCCCUUGUUCCAUGUUGCCCCACUCUACGGUAUGAAAAAUACCGUAUUCCUUGGCAAGCGAAUUAGUUUAUAUUAUUAAAACUUCAGUUGUACUAACGACCAAACGUUCACCAUCGUGUCCCCACUUCUGUUUAUCUUCUUUCUUAUUAGCUUAAUGUUACUUUCGUCGCAAGAUAUCGACCGGUGAAGACGAUGCCCAACAAAGAAGAGGAAUCCAUCCACGUGCCAAAAUCGCUUUUUAAUCAGAAGUCAGAUAUGCCGCGACAUGAAUCUGAGCAAGACUCGCACAAUAGUGCAUAUGGUGUCGAACGAUCAAGCCACGGACCACGAGGAUUUGGGUGUGUUGCAUCCCUGCUGAAAAUACCCGAUUCAAACCGACAGAUAUGGCAUUGAUUUCUAUAAAAAUUAAUCGGUUUCAAUUCGAUAUCAAUCGGGCCAAUCGGGCACCGGAUUGGUGGAAAUGCAAGAUCAAUCGGAUUCAAUCCGUAAUCUGAUUCAAUCCGGUAUUUCCAGAUAGAAGCAGUAACAAUCUGUUUCUAUCGGAUUUUCUGAUGAAGUCUGUCAAUCGUUAUUAAUACAACUUUUCCGGAUUGACUUGAAUCCGCGUCAAUCGGUUCCAAUCGGCGAAUUUAAAUCUGAAUUGUCUAUUGUUUUUAAUAAGUACAACUUUUUCGGAUUGACUUGAAUCCGCGCCAAUCGGUUCCAAUCGGCGAACUUUUAUCACGGGUUGAAACCGAUAGACGCGAAUCAAAAUCUAUCUGGAAAUUCCUGAUUGAACACGAUUCAAAUCUGACCCUAUCCGCGUCAAUCGGUAUAUUCCGCAUCAAGAAUCCAGAUUCAUGCGGAUUCAAAAUUUUCAAUUGGUUUUAAUCGGGUAUUUUCAACAGGGAUUCCAUCCAUAAUUACCAGAACUUACUUCUGGACACGAUGACUCUCUUUUCCGGCCACACACCGAAUUGGGACAUGGUUGCCGAUAUUAUCAACUAUUGCGCGCUUUUAUACACAUCGCCCAGUGAGUGCAAGAGCCGAUACGAGUCUGUGAUGGUUAAGGUGAAGGAUAAAUAUAAUCUCCAAACAGUCCCUCCGAACUCGCAGACACAAGAUAGCGGGGACGAAAAGCUUCCGAACUCCGAGCAACAAGAUCAGAGAAGCGGAUCGACGGAAAUGUUACAAUUAUAUAAUCGAAACAGCAACAGCUCCUUUACAACGAAAAGGAGUCAGAUAUACGAAGUCAUAAGGUCCGUGCGGAAUAUUCGAACGUCCACCGCGAAACCGCCCGUUGCAAAUCCAAUGAUGAGUAGACCCCCUAAUGCCUGGUACCUAUCUGACUUCAAACAGCUCGACAAUCCAAUGACACCGACUGAAGCAGACUACAAUAUAGUGCAAACAUAUCUUUUACAUGCACUAGAAAACCGAAAAUUUCGUGCGAUUCGCUUUAUUAUCCCGGUGAUCUGCAACCGGAAUCACGAUAUCCCCGAAGUAUGCCUAUACGUUAAGGUGGUAUUAUUCAUGUGAAAAUAAUUAUGUAGUUAGUUUCUUUAAAAUAGAGAUCGAAAAGAUGAUUGCUUUCGCUUGCACUAAGAAUCCUACAAGACGUUAUACGCUGAGUAAGAUGUUAUGAUGAUCUGACAAGAUAAGAAUUAAAGCUGCAUGUGCAAACGAAUUUUAAUAAUUUUACAUUUGAGGUCAAUUAACACAAGAGCAAUAUGUUAAAUUAACAUAUGA